AUGGAUUCGUCAAAUGAAAAUCCAGACCACUUCAAAGUCCUCAUAGCCGGUGGGAGUCUCGUGGGGCUCGGCUUGGCGCUAGCUUUCGAGCAUGCUGGAAUCAACUAUGAGCUUUUCGAAAAGGGUGACUUCGCACCGCAAUUGGGUGCAUCAAUUGGACUUCAUCCCCAUUCAAUCAGAAUUCUAGAGCAGUUGGGAGUCUGGCAGGACAUUGAAAAGCAAGUUGUGCCUUUGCAGAAUCGCAACCAUUAUGAUGGAGCCGGACAGUGUUUUGAGGAGUCGCAUGUACUUGCCGACAUCGAAAAAAUUCUUGAGCGUCCGAUUAUCUUUAUGGAGCGAUGUAAGGCCUUGGAAGCGCUGCAUGACCACGUGAAAGACAAAUCGAAGCUGCAUGCUCGAAACGCUGUUGUCGCCUACGAGGAGACACCGGAAGGCGUUAUUGUCACCACCGAAGAUGGCGAGAAACACCAGGGCCACAUUCUUAUAGGCGCCGAUGGAAUUCACAGCAAAGUCCGAAAGUUAAUGACUGACAAGAUCGGCGUGGUGGACCAGUCCCUUGCCAGUGAGAUCAACGAAGCUUUCACAAGCGAGUACAACUGCAUAUUUGCGGUUUCUCGAAAUGGGCCAGAGAAGCAACUCUUGCCCGAUGCGAUGGUUCACAAUGUCUACUAUGAUGGAUAUUCAGCAGUUUCCGCUGCUGGCGUGCGCGGGCUUGUGUUUUGGUUCCUUUUCGUUAAGAAUUCGAAGCUCACCAGAACUCCCAACUGCCCACGGUUCACAGACGAGGAUGCAGAGGCAACUAUUCAGAAAUAUGGAAGCUCUCUAGUGGGCCCUGGAUAUACCAUUCGCGAUCUAUGGGAUGCGAGAGUCAAGGCAACGAUGGUACCCCUCGAGGAAGGCAUUAUCAAAAAGUGGAGUCACAAUCGGGUCGUUCUGAUGGGUGACGCAGUGCACAAGUCAACUGUCAACCCUGGAUUAGGUGGUAACUUGGCCUACGAGGGAAUUGCUCGAUUCACCAACGGGCUUGUGCCUUUGCUGAAAGAGACACCCAUGCCAUCUCUUGAACAGCUGAAUGAGGUUUUCGAUCAAUAUAUCACCGGACAGCGACCUCGGGCCGAAACAGUGGUCGAUCUCUCAGGGCAGAUUACACGUUAUGAAGCCCAAGAUACUUGGAUCCUCAAAUUUGCAGCUCGUCACAUUGUGCCUUUUGUCAGUGACAAAUUGAAGGCAAACUUGUACGCCAGCUUUUCCAGAGGCGGCCCUUGGUUGGAAUAUCUGCCAUUGCCUGCAAAGGACAAAGACCUGCCAAAGUCCAGCACUGAGUCUAGCAGCAGCAUUUCUCCAAAGGUGAUCAUGGGAAGCAUCUUUGCUAUAGGUGGUAUUGCUGCAAUCCUCUGGCAGCAAUAUAAUGUGCAUCGCUAA